AUUUCAAGCAUUUAAAUGGUUUAGAAAACAAGUGGUGGCAUCAGUGUUUUGUUGUGAUGGAUUCAAUUGGUAAUUAAACGUAUGUGAUCAUCAUUAUUCAAUUGCGGUGUUUGUAAUUGAAAACGUUUUGCUGAGCGGAUGAAACAAAUCCGCUCGCCAGGACUGAGCAUGAUUGAACAUAUGAACUUGAUCUCUUGCUCGUCGUCGGCCUACGGCUGCUGGGCCGUUGUACUGUUUUUUGAAGUUAGCUAGCAGGAGUUUGAACCAUUAUUACUCUUCCUUUUGGUGCUUUCAGGUCUAGUCUGAAUUAAUUAGAGCUGCCACGACGCAACGGUGCUUUUAAUGUCGCUGAUUUACGAUAAGAUCUUUUUAAAUUGAUGCCCUCUGCGUCACUAUACGUUGCAAUUUUAAGUUCACUUUAAGUGAGUUACCCACAACCUGCAUAACACUGCCUUGAUAUGCAUAUCACCUGCAAGGAGGUAAUGAAAUAUCUUGUAUCCUGAUAACUGUAAUGUAAUUAAUGUAAUGAACACGGUAGAGGUGGUGUCUUAGGGACGCCUCGAGUGUCCUUAUUGUGGAGAAGUGACUAGUGAAUUGAAUAUUUUUCCGAAGCUUUGUAUACGUGAAGUGAAGUUAUUCGUCUAGUCUUCGCAGCGUCGACGCUUAUGAGCCUAGAAGUGAGUAGCACUGGAACGUAAUUGCAAGUCCCAAAAAACUAAGUCUUUUACUACAUGUGGAAGUGACAUGUAAUUUUUCUUUAGCGCGUUCUUGAACGCAAAACCGCAAUCGUGGCGGGUUUAACAUGUCACAAGCGAGGCUCACCACUGUUUGGUCUAAGGAAACUGAACAGCAGCAGCAGCAGCUCACCCCUCUGUGAGGUCCCUGAACUCUUCGAAAGCAGGGAACCUUUUCCGCCUACGAAUUCUCAUUCCAGUUUGGUGCCGAGACUGGGGUCGCCGCCCUCCUCGGGUUUGCCCGUAAUAAAUCCUUCUAUUCUGGUAGACGACUUUUCAAAUCUGGAUUCCCAUGAAGAGGAGACGGUUAAGGAAACUCAGCAGCAGCCAAAGCUGCCACUGCCCAGAAGAAAGCUUUCAGUUUUCGGCGGUCCUAGAGGUAUGGGGCGUCCGGAGAAGAACACUCCUAGCCCAGCCGUCAUCAAUUUAAAAAACAAGAAUGUGAGCAACACAAAUGGCACCAUCAACUUUCUCACUUCCAUUCUUCGAACAGACAUGGUCAAGAUCGAGGGAGCUGAUGCAGAUUAUGUCCUCGUCCAGCACAUAAUCGGCUGGAAAGGCCAGCACGGUGACGGCAAGGGUGCAACGGACGACUCAGGCGGUCCUGGUGAUGACCGCAGCAACUCGUCGCCUGAAGUCCCGCUGCCUGCAGGGGGCGGCGAGCGCAACACGCGCGCCCCUCACGAGACCCGGCGACGAGAUGCAGUGUCCUUCCAUUUUGCAGGCGCAGUGAGUCCGGGCGUCGGGGCAAGGCAACCGCCCAGUCCGUGUGACCCAGAAUAUACAAAGAUCGAAGCCUGGCUCGAUGAACACCCUGACUUCGCGCAGGAUUACUUUAUCAGGAAAGCAUCGCGUCACAUGGUGGACUCCUGGCUAGUGUCGCACGCCCUGCCGCAGCACAUCGCUCAGGCGCUGUCCUCUUCUGAGGGCGCCGCGCCCCCCGCCUCUGACGGCGCUGCUGCUGCUGCUCAGGGCUCCAAGGCAUCGUCAGGCGCCACCACGCCUGUACGCAAAAUAUCCGCCCAUGAGUUCGAGAAAGGAGGUCUGGUGAAGCCCAUCGUGACGACCAUCGACGGCACUCCCACCUUCCUCUCACCAUCUCCCCAUGACCAUCAUCUUGCCCUCAUGCACAAGGUGCGCCGCAAGUCACGACCUGAGCUCAAAGGCCUGGACGAGCGGGAACUCAUCUUCAUGUUGGUUAAAGACAUAUUCAACGAGCUGGACAUACGGUCGCUGUGCCAUAAAAUCUUGCAGAACGUCUCUAUUUUAACCAGAGCAGAUCGCUGCUCACUGUUCCUGGUGCAGGGCGAAAAGGAUUCCCCUAACCGGUGCCUGGUGUCGACGCUGUUCGACGUGAGCCCGGACUCGACGGUCGAGGAGAUGCACGAGAAGGAGGAGAUCAGGAUACCCUGGGGCAGCGGCAUCAUAGGAUACGUCGGCGAGACCGGCGCCAUGCUCAACAUACCCGACGCAUAUCAGGACGCGCGUUUCAACCACGACGUCGACGCCAUGACAGGCUACAAGACGCGGUCUCUGCUCUGUAUGCCCAUCAUAGACUCGAGCUACGAGGUCAUCGGCGUAGCUCAGGUGAUCAACAAAAAGGAUGGCAGUUGUUUCACUCAUGCCGAUGAGAAAGUUUUCGAGUCUUACCUCCAGUUCUGCGGCAUCAGCAUCAAGAACGCUCAGCUCUACGAACGCUCACAACUUGAAGUCAAAAGAAACCAAGUUUUACUUGACUUGGCGCGAAUCAUCUUCGAGGAGCAGAGUACAAUCGAGCAAAUGGUGUAUCGGAUCAUGAUCCACAUGCAGAGCCUUCUGCAGUGCGUCAGAGUACAAAUUUUGUUGACUGACGAGCGGCACUCGUUUUCGCGCGUGUUCGACUUGGAAGUUAACGACAUGGAGGCGGAGGACGCGGAGACUCGCACCAGCCCCUACGAGUGGCGCUUCCCUAUCAACAUCGGUAUCACGGGCCUUGUCGCUAACACCGGGCAGACCAUAAACAUCCCCGACGCGUACGCGGACGAGCGCUUCGACCAGGAGACAGACAAAGGCACGAAUUUCCGGCACCGGUCGAUUUUAUGCCAAGCGAUCCGCAACACUUCCGGCAAGAUCUUGGGCGUUGUGCAGCUCAUCAAUAAGUUCGAUAAUCUCGCCUUCACCAAAAACGAUGAGAACUUUUUGGAAGCUUUCGCCAUCUUUUGUGGCAUGGGGCUCCACAACACCCACAUGUACGAGAAGGCGAUGACGGCGAUCGCUAAACAGAACGUGACGCUCGACGUGCUGAGCUACCACGCCACGGCGUCCAAGGAGUUAGCGUUGGAGCUCAAGGCCUGCAAAGUACCUCCAGCGUCGGUGUUGCGGCUACAUGACUUCAAGUUUGACGACUUCUCUCUCGACGACGACGGCACGCUCAAGGCGUGUUUAAGGAUGUUCACGGACUUGGACCUGAUCCAGCGUUUCCACAUUGAUGAACUCGUGCUGUGCCGCUGGCUGCUGAGCGUCAAGAAGAACUACAGGGACGUCACCUACCACAACUGGAGACAUGCAUUCAACGUCGCCCAGAUGAUGUUCGUUAUCUUGACCAAGACGAAGUGGUGGAAAGUGUUGGGAGAAAUGGAAUGUGUGGCGCUGAUAAUUGCCUGCCUCUGCCACGACCUCGAUCACAGAGGCACCAACAACUCCUUCCAAAUCAGAGCGUCGUCGCCGCUAGCGCAGCUGUACUCAACUUCGACGAUGGAGCAUCACCACUUCGACCAGUCCCUCAUGAUCCUCAACACGUCGGGUAACCGCAUCCUGAGUCAGUGUACGAGCGAAGAGUUCAGCAGAAUUGUUGCUGUAUUGGAGGAGGCCAUUUUAGCUACAGACCUCGCUGUCUAUUUCAAGAAACGCCCCGAGUUCUUCAAACUUGUUUCGUCAGGAGAGUACGACUGGUGCAAAGAGGAGCACAGGUCACAGCUCAGGGCGAUGACGAUGACGGCCUGUGACAUCGCUGCCAUCACCAAGCCCUGGGAGGUGCAGAAGAAGGUCGCCGAACUUGUCGCCAAUGAGUUCUUCGAGCAGGGCGACAUUGAGAAAGAAAAGCUCAAAAUAACCCCAAUUGACAUGAUGAACCGCGACAAGCGGGAUAAAUUGCCUGCCAUGCAAGUCAACUUUAUCGACACCAUCUGCCUGCCGGUUUAUGAGAAUCUGGCGGAGGUGUCAUCGGACUUGCAGCCUCUGCUAGAUGGAGUGAAGGCUAACAGAGCGCGGUGGGAGGCGCUGGCUGCCGAGUCUUGCCCGGAGAACAACAACUCGCUACCGCAGCAUCGCCAGUGACACAAGCCCCUCUGGACGCGCGUUUUGUUCGGCCAAAAACUGUCGCGUCCGUGAAUCUAGGGUGGCCUUCAGUGAACUGAACCUAAGUGAACUAAUUCACUAAAGUCAUCACUUCCAUGAAACUUGGGACGGUUUUCAGUGAACAUUAUUGAACUGAACGCAGUGGGAUUAAACAACAGUGAAUUUAGUUGUCGACAUGAACAGCUGUAAAUCUUAACCUUCGAAAAAAUAAAGUGGUGAAUUUUAGAACGGUGAAGGAGACUUGCAAUGAAAUGUUAAAGUCGUUACGGUAGCGAAAAUCCGUCACUAAUUUAUUUAUCCCGCGUUGUUAGUCGUGAUUUUUCUCGCCGUUGGUUCUAACUUCUUCUGAAGACGCGAGUUUUUUUUAACCUAUUGCACGGUUGUAUUCUCCGAAGUCAAUGUUUCCUCGUUGCCUAGCAACAUCAUCACAAUUUCCUACCUCUACUAUUGCACGCAAAGCUCCUCCUUGUGCCCUAGUUGACUAGUAGCAUAUCGCAUCAGCGUGUCUUCAUACUACUGAAACACAUGAUAAUCUUACUUCAGUCAUAGAAUUCCUAUCGAAUUCUACAAAUAGUUUCUCGUGAAGUCAAAUCAAGUUAUAUCGCUGGCAUUCACUUGGUUCAUGAAAAGUAUCUCGUUUGUUCUAAAACGCAGAAAUAUUAAGUAUCCAAAAGUAACAUUGGAAUUAAAACAGGCAAAUUUAAUCGUGAAUGACUUAGAUGAAAUAGUAUUGUUCGCUCGGACUGUGAUAAACUAACCUCUUUAUUAGGGCGAACGUUCUCGCUGAAAAGACAGUUGACAAGUGCAAAUAGUUUUCUAUUCCUACCUAGAAAUAGGCUUUUCACAGUGUUACGAUGCGAACUUCUAUAUAUAAUUUAAACUUAACUGUUGUUCGAAUUAUGUGCAUUAUUUUACUACGUUUUUUUAUUCAGUGUCUUCUGAUGUUAAAUUUGUAAGGAAAUUGCGAUCGCAAUUAUUACAUUUAUUAUUUUUUUGCGAUUUGAAAAACGGGUGAAUUUGAUUGCAGUAACUAAUAUCGUUUAAAGUAAACGAGUUUAGAUCCAUAUGGAAAUUAAUUUAUAUAUAUGUAUCCAUGAAUGUUGUAUGGAGCCUUCGAUGUUAUUUUUGUGAUCAUUCGUCCAAUCAUGUCCCAUGAAAUCGUUAGCUUUCGAAAUGCGACUACUUUUGCGGACGCCUGAGCUGGACAUGAAUUACGGUAAUGACCAUAUACUAUUUGAUUGUUAGUAAGUAGGCAUUGCAUCAUACUUGAACCAUCGUUACAAACUAUUCUGUCAAAAAAUUGAUCUAGUCUAUAUCAAGAAUCAUGCUCAGAAAAGAGAACUUAUGGAUCACAUUUUUAGCCCACCAGUUAGGAUAUUACGACCUGAUCUAUAUGCACACGAAAUCUGUGUAGUCAAAUUUGUCAUGGUCAAAUUCAUUGCCAACUGGAAUAAUUAUGUGCGCAUGCUUUUAGCAGUAGUUUGGUGUCCUGCAUUGUUUUUAGUUCCGCACGGUACAUUAUUAGGUUCUUACAAAAGAAGUACCGUCGGCAAAUUUUGAGGUGAUCUGGUUUCCCUUGCUUCUUUUUUGUCUUGCAACUAUCUAUUUACGGGACUGCUACGUCAAAUCAUCUCUCACUUAUUUCCCUCUCUCAAUGUGCCUUAAAACUAUCAUGUGUGUAAAUUUCUGCAUCUCUACUCUAUAGCUUCCUCUGCUUGUACAUCACUUCGUGCUCAAUGGAAAUUCUGACGUAAGAUCUUGCAAUUGAUAGAAUAGUGAUUCUGUGUGAUGUAGCAAUACCUUUUUCCCUCUGAAUAAAGAUAGCUACCUGCUAGCUCCAUUCACUGCAGUUUCUAGUAGCGUAGUAACGCUCUUGAAACAUGGCGCGGCAGUAAACUAAAGCCCAUGUGUGGAAAUCUUUCAACCUUUAAAAAGCUUUUCUUCAAAAUCGAACAAUGCUAGUAACUAUGAAUAUAGGUUCUCGGGGGCGUAACGUGUAGGGAAAUAGAAAGAUUGCCGUUAUUUCUACAAUCUUGCCAUAAUCCAACUGUUCAACGAUGUUUUUGCAGGUAUUGACUUAAAAAUUUGGCUAUGCUACCCAAAUACAAACUUUUUCUUAUGCGCUUUUGUUGAAGAUGAUAGCUUCUUCUACAUAUGUAAUUCGCAUUCUGCCAUGUCGUAUGUAUAUAAGUGUAUAAUUUGUAGCUAUUAUUUGAUUUAUCUCGUAUGUAAAUAUCGAACAUGUAUUUCAGUCUGUAGUGUUAUAAAGUUACUGCGUAAGUACACAUUUAAAAUAACUCGAAAGAUUAUGACCCCAACGUACAUUAGGUACUGCUGUUAAGGUAAGAAUUCUUCCAAGAUACACGGCAUUCAUAUCUUUCCUGAUAUCUAUGAGUAUGAAUAGACUCCAUUCCGCUCCGUUCUAUUUAUAUAAAAGAUAAAUUUU